GAACCAAAGUUCUAUUUCAGAUUUUUUUAAAAAUAUAUCUUCUAAUUCAGCAAUAUAUGAAAAUUUUGUUCAAUCACAAGAAUUAUAUGAAGAGAUUGUUUUUGAACAAGGCCUUUCUGAUAGUAAAAUCGUUUAA